AUGCCCCAAGUCGGUCGCCAACUCAUCAGAACCCUCCUAGAUGUCCUUCGAGGACUUCAGAUCGGUCAUCCACUCGAGAAGAGCGAGCCCGUUCGGUCAGUCGCAAGCCCGCACCCGAGGAACCGAGGCAUAGAUCGCCAGCACCUGAACGACCUAUGGGCAAUGGGCAGGAUUCUGGAAGCGUCAGGUCCCAACAACGAGUACCUGAAGCCCCUCGAUUACCGUCUGGCCAACCAGACACAUACCAAUCCCGCAACGUUCCAGUACAGCCGAAGGCAUACAGCCAUAUGUUACAAGGUCAAACACCACCAUCUGGCCCAUCGCAUGGGUCCAAAGUAA